AAACUAUGGAAACUCCAAACCAACAACAUGAUGGUUUCAAGCUAGCAAACUUCCCACCAUGUAUAUAAUUAGCUUUUAAUCUGAAUCAUUCACCAACACUUUCAAAAAUGAAAACAAUCAUCUUAUUCUCACUUGCAUUCAUCUUCACAGCCAAUUCAGCUCCUGUUCCCGCUCCGGUGCUCGAUACCAAGGGAAAAAACCUCCGCGCAGGGGUCAAAUACCGCGUUAAACCAGAGGAUGGUGACGGCUAUAUUGGCGGACUCUCUCUGGUGGAGGUCCGAAACAUGUCUUGUCCAGCUGUAGUUGGACAAGCACCAGGUCUGGACAAGGGACUCUGGUUGACUUUCACUCCGGUCAACCCCAAGGAACGCUUGAUCCGGCUUUCCACAGAUGUUAACAUCAAGUUCUCAGGCUCCAACAGUUGUAAUGAGUCAAAUGUAUGGCAGUUGAAAUAUCAUGAAGCUAUGAAACAAUAUGCUGUGAUUGUGGGAGGUGUUGAAGGAAACCCGGGGCCAAAAACAUUGAAUAACUGGUUUAAGAUCGAGAAAGGUAAAUAUAACGACAGUUAUAAGUUUGUUUUCUGCCCGAGUGUCUGCAGCGACUGUAAGGUUAUGUGCGGGGACAUUAAUACAUUUUUAACCAACGAUAGUGAAGGGCAACCCUUGGUACUCUCGAAUGAUACUUAUUGGCCGUUCUCUGUCGUCUUCUAUUAAACAUGUAACGAUCAUCCUUAUAGAGUAAAAGAACAUUUUUUGAGGUUUAGCCA